AUGACAUUAGUCACUGCAUUGCUCAUACUAUUACGAAGUGCGUCAAAGAUCACACAGACGGCUCACGCUGUGACAUGUUUAGCUGCGAAAUGGCAUGUAUGCGCAACGUUAGAAUCUUUUGAGAUAGCAGAUGGAGAGACUCCAACUUUGGUUGCUAGAAACAGUCAUAGCAAUAAAGGCAAUGAUGUUAUUACGUUAUCAGAAUCAGAUAGUGACGAUUAUUGUGACGAAGAAGAUGAUCUAGACAACAAUAACAUCAUUCCUGCUUAUGCUUUCGGUACCAUCUCAUUCCAAAAGCGACAAGCUCUAGUGAGUUACUUCGAGAAUAACAGAGCAGGAAUCACAGUUUAGUGAUUUACACUUGAUAGAGGUACACUCCAUACAAUUUUCGGACUUGAAUUGUCUCUUGUUCUCUGGCUUCUUGGUAAAACCAUUGGCAUUCCUUGA